AAAAAAUCCGUAAAAAAAAAGAAAAAAUGGCUAAUCCAAAUUGUCCAAAUUCUAAGUAUGACCAUAUGCUGAAUCCUACGUGCAAGAACAAACAGUCUACUCAAAUACCCUCGAAAACUACCAAAGCAAUGAACCAUAGCGCCUGGGAAGGACAUUCCAACGAGAAGAAAUUUAUGGACGCCCUGACAAAUCUCAUGAACGAAUCUUGGAUGGUUGUAUGCCAAAUGAGAGAAAAGAGUGGACUUAAUGCUCAAUAUCAAAUGAGCACAACCGAAAUUGCCAAAAGAAUCGAUGAUAUUUCGAGAAAGCUUGAAGAGAAAUAUAGAGAAGUGGCCGCAUUGGAAGAACGUAAAUCCAAAUUACUAAACAAAACUUCAACUCGGGGAGUAGGGACUCCUGCAAGACAACCAGGGUAUCCGCCAAGACCACCUGGCAUGCCUCUUAACGCGACUUCGUCACCAUUAUAUGGUGCCAGUUUGCCGCCAUUUGCUCCUUAUGGACCCAGGUUGCCACCAUCGGCAUUAAGCAGUCAAAGAAGGGUAAUGCCUCCAAUUGGAAGCCCAGCAAGAGCAACUAGUUGUCGUAAUGAUUGUCCAGGUUCAGGGGCUCCUCCAGGACCUUACAGAACCUUUUGAAGUGUCUGUAGUGGAUUCAAGUACUGUAA